UUGACGUGUUCGGCGCUGGGCCGCGCGAAGUGGAUCGUAUCAAACACUCCCACUCUCGCUGCCGCUACGUCCAAUCGCACGCGCUCCGUAGAAUAGGCCAGUCGGCCGGCUGGACCCCAUCUCGGUGCAGCUCCGAGCGGACAAGUCCACCUUCGUGCUGCCUGCCGCCUUCCUCUCCUCCGGCUAUAUAGAGCAAAUCACCCACCGAGGACAAAUCAUCUCCAGAUUCCUUUCACUUGGAUAAACACCAGAGCUCUUCGUCGACCAACAAGAUCGAUCCAGGCCAAGAUUUGGUACUGCUCUACGUCGCAGCACGAGCACAUCACAGUCCGCGUGCGUAUACAUGGGUAACUUGGUCUCGCAGUGCGUCACGGGCGGCGCAGAGCGAGCGAGUCCGCUGGUCGUCCUGCCGGACGGCAGCCAGUUCCGGCUGGAGGAGCACGCCGGCGUGGCCGAGCUGAUGAUCGAGGCGCCGGGGCACGUUGCUGUCAUAGCGAGGGACGCCGCCAAGGAGCGGCGGCUGCGGGCCCUGGCGGCCGACGAGUUCCUGCGCGCCGGCGAGGUGUACCUCCUCGUGCCCGCCGGGAGGGCCGGGGCGCGGCUGGGCGGUCAGGAGGCGGACGCCAUCCGCCGGCUGGUGUCCGGCAAGAAGGGGGGCAAGGGCAGGGGCAACAGGUCCGGGAGAAGGAUUUUCCCGGAAGGAGAAGCAGCUAGCACCGAGGGUGGAAAGGAGUCUGCUGAAUGUGCGCUGCUUUGUAGGAUUAGGCCAAGGCAGUGGAGGCCCGCCCUUGACACCAUCUUCGAGGCUUAGAUUGAUCAUGGCCCCCGUCUCUAGGGUAGAAUAGGAACAUUCAUUCGUUUUGUUAUUUUUUGUUGAAUAUUGAUCAUCCUUCUUUUUCAAGCAAGGAGAGAAGGAAUUCGUUUUGACGUGUACAUGUGUCUUGUAAAGCUUUAACUUAUUUUGGAGUA